UGUGUGCAAACCAAAAAAAGUUAUAGAAAAUGUAUGAAUAUAAAAAGGGGUGGCGGGUGAUCAAAGUACGGCGGACUGCUCGGGCCGUUACAGAAGUAAAUGCCAAAGAGCAGUUGAUUAGUCGGCGUUGUAUGAAUCAGCAGAAGAAGAAUAAUCGCGGCACCGUCCAUCUCCAAAUCCAACAGUGACAGAUAGUUACGAAGAGUGAGAGUUGGGACUUUGAAAGAACGAUACUGAUACGAUACUAUUCCACAAUUUGAAUAUUUUUGGGAACUUGCAGAAGAACGAGUUUACGAUUUAUUGCCUUUUGGAGUAGAAAUUUUUCUCUUCAAUACAGGUGGAUCGUUUUUGGGGUUGUCGUGGUCGUGAAGAUGGUGAAUCCGAUGGUUGAACGUGCCACGAGCGAUAUGUUGAUCGGUCCAGACUGGGCUGCGAACAUGGAGAUAUGUGAUAUGAUCAACAGAGAUAUUGGGCAAACAAAAGGUGUUGUUAAAAGAAUAAAGAAGCGCCUUGGAAGUAAGCACCCCAAAGUUCAGCUUCUUGUUUUAACACUCUUGGAGACCAUAUUCAAGAAUUGUGGAAACAUUAGUCAUGCACUUGUCGCCGAGAAGGAAAUUCCCCAUGAUAUGGUCAAAAUUGUAAAGAAGAAGCCUGACCUUCGUGUCAAAGAGAAGAUAUUAUUCCUGAUAAAUGCCUGGCAAGAGGCUUUAGGAGGACCAACAGGACGAUAUCCACAAUAUUAUGCUGCUUAUCAAGAACUAUUGCGUGCUGGGGCAGUUUUCCCCCAUAAAUCUGAAAGGCCAGCGCCUGUACUCACAUCUCCAGAAAGACAACAGGUGGAAUUGUAUAAUCAGAAUGCGGACAAUCCUGAUUAUCAGCAAGAUGCUCCAGGAUCCUCAAGGGAUGUUAAAUUAUCAGCCUUGAGCUUGAGUGAGAUCCAACUUGCACGGGGAGUAGUGGUUGUCCUUGCAGAAAUGCUAAAUGCAUUAGAUCCAGGAAACAAGGAGGAUAUUAAGCAGGAUGUUGUUGUUGACUUGGUAGAGCAAUGCCAUGGUUACAAGCAGAGAGUAGUUCAACUCGUGAAUUCAACUUCGGAUGAAUCAUUGCUCUGCCAAGGAUUGUCACUUAAUGAUGAUUUACAACGUGUACUUUCCAAGCAUGAAGCCAUGGCUUCAAGAAUGUCUGUUCAGAAAGGGGAACCCAAGCCCGAAUUGGUUGGAGCACGUCAUGAUGAUCAUAUUCCUCUUAAUGACACUGGAAACCAACAACCUGAGAGGAAGUUGGCUUCCAAUGCUACCGGCUCAAGCACACAAACAGUAAAUCAGUCAAUGAAUGCAUCUCCCACCAUUGGUGGUACAGCUUCUCCAGCUAAGUUUGAUCCCAAAUUGGACCUACUGAGUGGUGACGACUACAUUCCUCCUGUGGCGAACACUUCACUGGCUCUUGUUCCUUUGACCGAGCAGCAGCCAACUACUCCUUUAUCUGAACAGAACGCCCUCGUCCCAUUCGACCUGCAUUAUGAUAGCAACCAAGCAACUAAUGUUGCUGAUACCCUGUCCGGCAAUCCUGGAGACCAAAGCCAUGCUUCUGUCUCAAACUUCCACCAGCACCAUAACUUUCAAGGUUCUCAAAACAACGAGUCAUUUCCACCACCACCUUGGGAAGCUCAGCCUGUGGAUGAUAAUGGUUCGGUAGCAGGUGAUGAGUAUCCCCAUCCGAUGAAGGUGACUCAGGUUGUUUUCACGCAUGUGCAGAAUGGUCUGUAUCCGCAAGGACUUCAACCAAUCGCAAAUAACCAAGUUGUAGGUGUGUAUAUCCAGCCAAUUGUAGGCAGCCAGAUUUCAGCACUUAAUAGCCAGUUUACUAUUAGCAAUCAGCUGGAUUCGGCCACUCGGACAUUCGACGGAGGGCCUUACGGAGCAAUGCUUUCGCAGCAGUAUCCUUUGCAAAUGUUUGGCAACCAAUUCUCUGGCUAUGGCCACAUCCAGCCACAGGGGGCACAGUAUCUGGAACAGCGUAUGUAUAUUAGUAAUGAUAAUGGCAUAACAAAUUCAUCCUACCAGAUUUCUGCCUUGUCUAGUAUGACUCCCAACAGGCCUUCUAAGCCAGAGGACAAUCUGUUUGGUGAUCUCGUUGACUUGGCAAAGUUCAAGUCCAUGAAACCUACUCCUGCAGCUGCUGGUAGCGACUGAAUAUUUAUUUCACUUCCACUAAAUCUCUUUGGCAUUCUUUUUCCUUGGUUUCUCUCGAUACAAUUCUUUUCCUCAUUGUUUGGUGCCAGGGGACGCCUGUAUAUAUUGAUGAACCUUUGGGCUUUCUUUGCGUUAUGUUUAGGCCGUGUAAGAAUUUUGUCAUUGGAAUUCAGUAUGUUACGUUAAUUUAAAUUUUGGAAUAAAUGCUAUGUUUUCCUUCUUUUC